AUGUUGCGUAUUGCAGCUGCACGGCGCUUCUCUACGACCUCGAGAACGGCGGCGAAUGGACUCCCGAAGACGUUGACUGAUGCCAUGUCUCACGGCGCACACAUUCGCGUCAACCCGGAAGUCGAGGAUGCUUUAGCUACGGGAAAGCCCGUUGUGGCUCUAGAGACAACAAUCAUCACUCAUGGCAUGCCGUACCCGACGAAUCUGGAGACGGCACGCUCUUGUGAGAACCUAGUCCGCAAGGGAGGUGCUAUACCGGCUACUAUCGGUAUCAUGGACGGCCGCAUCCACGUUGGUCUGUCGGACAAAGAACUAGAUCGUUUCGGCGAUCCCGACUUUGGUGCUGUGAAGGUCUCCCGUCGUGAUAUCGCUCCUGCUAUGGCUCUGGGAAAGAACGGGAGCACAACAUGCAGCGCCACCACGGUCAUCUCUGCGCUUGCUGGAAUUAAGUUCUUCGCAACUGGCGGUCUGGGAGGCGUACAUCGAGGUGGCGAAGAUUCUCUUGACAUCUCGGCCGAUUUACCGGAGCUCGCACGAUGCCCAGUGGGUCUGGUCUCCGCAGGCGUCAAGUCGAUAUUAGACAUUGGCAGGACUUUAGAGUACCUCGAGACUCUUGGCGUACCCGUCAUUUCAUGGGGGACGGACGAGUUCCCUGCUUUCUACUCCCGGAAAAGUGGCUUCAAGAGCCCCUGGUCCAUGAGUGACCCUGCGCAAGCGGCCAGACUUCUAUUCAAUCAAUGGACCUUGGGCAUGGGAAAUGGCGCUUUAUUCGCAGUUCCCAUACCAGAACAAUACGAGACAUCUGGAGAAGAACUACAAAAGCUCGUCUUACAGGCUGUAGCCAAGUCAGAAGAGAACGGUAUGAGUAAACGCGGGAAAGAGGUCACGCCGUGGCUGCUGAAUGAAGUGCGCCAGCUCUCUGGCGGCAAAUCGUUGGAAAACAACGUUGCCCUGAUUGAGAACACUUCCGAACUCGCUGGUCGAAUGGCGGUCGAGUACGCAAAGCUUGUUCAGGAGUUUGCGAGCGUAUCCUCACAAUCCGUGCCUACGACGGCAUCCCGUGAACCCAUUCAAACCGUCGAGAUGCCUGACUUCGCGCAGGCCGACACCGUCGGGACACUUCCUUCACCGAGCAUAGUGGUAUUCGGCUCUGCUGCCGUGGAUAUUACGGCUCAGGCUAGUUCCAUCUAUAGCCGGGCCGACGGCAGCCAGUCGACGACGCCCGGCAAAGUCUCCAUGUCUCUCGGCGGCGUAGCGAGAAAUAUUGCUGAGGCAGCGCAUCGCUCACUCCCAAACACUUCUGUCCAUACGUCUGGAUUGGCAUCCUGCGUCGGAGACGAUUCGUUUGGUCGGCUUUUAGUCGAAGAGACCCGAAGUAUAGGCAUGCGUACUGACGGGAUUAUUACAACGGCUUCCGGGAGCACAGCGGUCUGCAACAUGGUGAUCGACGAGAGCGGGGGCCUCGUCGGAGGUGUGGCGGAUAUGGAUAUCAUCAAGAACUUGACAGACUCUGACCUCAGCAAGAUGUUGAACAACAUAGAUAUAUCAAAGAAUCCCAUUGUGGCGAUGGAUGCCAACCUCUCCAGCAAAACUCUCCGUACCAUCGUCGCACACUGCAGCAAGCAUAGACUUCAAACCUUCUACGAGCCGACGUCGGUCAUCAAGUCGAUAGCCAUCCAACCCGCAAUGGCGCAAUGGACAGAUUCGUCGCGCUCGGCUAUCACCUACGCAUCUCCCAAUCUUCUCGAGCUUUCUCAUCUUUAUACCGCUCUUGUCAUGGACGCUGACGGCGCACCAAGCGAGAAGAUGCGCUGGAAUGUUCUUGACCGCUUCGCGCUUUCCGCGGAGUACCGUACGUCCGUCGAACAUCUUGCGCGCCAGAACGUGUCCGACCACGACUCGAGCAAGGGCACGCUAUCGUUCCUCCUCACCGAUGGGGUGGCGCAGAUGGCCAUAAACCUCCUUCCUUUCUUCCAGCACCUCAUUACCAAGUGCGGAGAUCGCGGCGUAUUGCUCGCUAUGCGCGUACCGGAAGACUACCGCCCCGAAUGGUUGCUUGAAAGAAGCAAUGCCCAGCAACGCUUGGUUGUUGCACGGGGCGACGCCGAGAUCGUUGUCUUGAAGCACAUUCCGGCUUUACCUCUCGACGCGAGUGAUAUCGUAAACGUCACUGGAGCAGGAGAUACGCUCGUCGGCUCUCUGCUCGCUUCGCUUGCCGUUACGCCUGGAGCGCUUUCUCACCCUCGACUAUUGGACACAAAUAUCAUGAACGCGCAGAAGGCUGCAAUAUUGACUCUCAAGAGCCAUCUCGCGGUCUCGCCCCAUCUGUCCGCAUGA